UUUACUCUGUAUUUGUCUUCCAUCCCAUCUUUUUUCUUUUCUUCGUCCACAAACAUACCCAAACAGCUGAAAUGUAUCAACACAAAAAAAUAAAGUCUCUCUGAAAUGCUGAAGCACUGAGGCAUUCCAUAGCAUUCUGGCUUCUGCUUUAUUCAUCCCUCCAGGCUCCAGCUACUUUAAAUUUCUCUAAAUUCCCAGUAAGCAGCUUUUAAAGAAAACAACUUUACAGUAUCUUUGUGAUUUUGGUGCUUAGAAGAGGCAUUGAUAUUAACAGAUUCUAUCAAUGUGUUAUAUUUUCCCAAAAGAGAAGAUUGUUUUGAUGUCUUUUUAUGGCAAGGAGUUGCAGUUGAAGUGGAUUUUAAGCUAUGGUGCUAGGGCUGAGAUCAAAGCCCAAAAGGGGUGCUCCUGUUAAACUAGACUUAAGCAUCCAUGUUAAGGAGGUGAACCCAUGGCCACCAUCACCAUCCCUUCGAGCCAUCCGAUCUGUUUUGCUCGUCUGCCUAAACGGCGAUCGCAAAUCCGGGUCCCGGUUGGCCAAAGUAGGACCCACAAGCAUCGAGUUCAACGAGUCUUUCACACUCUCAGUGACCCUUACUCCUGAGAAGAAGGCUCAAGAUAAGUUCCAAAACAAUUUCUUGAAUUUGUACCUAUAUGGACCCUACCGGAAGGACAAAACGAGUAAAGGGAAUCUCCUGGGGACAUCGGCUGUGAAUCUUGCAGAUUUCGGGGGGAUUGAGGAAGGCGUGACCACUUCCGUUCCUCUGAUCAGCAAAAAUGCUUCAAAAAGUUCUGAGCAGCCUAGGUUGUUCAUCACAAUACAGCCUGUGUAUAAGGAGAAUAGCUUAUUACAAAGAAUGUCCUCUGCUGACAAGGAGGAGCAGGUAUCCAUUGCAGAUUCAAUGAAUGAAGACAAUGAUGAUCGAUGUGAGAUUGCGUAUUUCACGGAUGAUGAUGAUGUAUCAUCAUCACUAUCACAUUCUUCUCUGGAUGCCACUUUAUCUUCCUCGGAGGCUGCAAAGGCUUCAUCUUCUCUGCGUGAGAAGUGCAGGAUGGAGUUGACUAUGAAAGAGAUGACUUCAAAAGAGACGAUAUAGACUCCUAUACACUAUUAGCACCGGUCCCUGAAUCACUUGUGAGUGUUCCUUCUAUGGGUUUGGAUAGUCUGUCUGAAAGUAAAGCAUUGUUGUCAUCAGAAGCAUCAACCUCAAAUGUGGGAAAUCCUAUUAGCAGUGACACUCCUUUGCCCAGAAUUUCUGAGAGAAGCAUGACUGAGCAUGAAUUCAUUGAAAAAUUACAUACUGGUCUUGUGGAGAGGAAGGAUCUAAUGGCUAGUCCAGAACCUAAACAUGAAGAAGAGAAACUUCCUUUAGAUAAUGCAACUGUGAGUGUUCAAGAAUCCCUAGAGCCAAAAGAGAGACAUGCUGAUAGUGAAGUCACUAAUAGCUUACUUAUCAACAGCCUUGGGGCUGGGGUGGAUGUAAAAGAACUACAAAUUGAACAAGAACAACAUAGAAUCUCAAAAGAUGACUUAAAUGUUGGUUUUCAGAACCCCCAAAAGAAAGAAAUGAGAACAGGACAUGCUGAAAAGGAAGCAAAAUUUCAUUACCAAACAAAUGAUGAAUGGAAAUCAAGAAUUGAGAUGCUUGAAGAAGAACUAAGGGAAAUCGGUGCGGUUGAGCUAAGCCUUUAUUCUAUAGUGGCUGAGCAUUCAAGUUCUUCAAGCAAGGUCCAUGCUCCAGCUCGUCGCCUUUCCAGAUUCAUUUUUCAUGCUUUCAAGAAUAAGUCUCAAAUGAAACAGGCAAGUGGCAUCAGAACUGCUGUUUCGGGUUUAACCAUAGUCUCUAAAGCAUGUGGAAAUGAUGUACCAAGGUUAACUUUUUGGUUAUCAAACACGAUAAUGUUGAGAGCAAUUGUUAACCAGGCUACCGUAGAGACAGCAGACAAGAACAACCCACAUAUGUGUAGCAUUGAAGGUGAAACCAAGGAUGCCACAGAAGACCAUACUGACUUGAGACAUAUGGAAUCAUUUAUUCUUGCACUGGAACAAGUCGAAGCUUGGAUCUUUUCCCGAAUUGUUGAGUCUGUGUGGUGGCAGACAUUCACUCCACAUAUGCAAAGAAGUGUUGUAAAAGCAGGCAGCAUAUCUAAGGCCUCUGAUUCUAUGAAAGGAAAUAUGACUGGGUUUGGAGGUGAAGAGCGAGGUAGAUUGAGUAGUUUCUCAAUAGAUCUUUGGAAGAAUGUUUUCGAGGAUGCUUGUGAAAGGCUGUGCCCACUUCGGGCAGAAGGACAUGAGUGUGGCUGCUUACCAAUGCUGACAAAAUUGGUUAUGGAACAGCUAGUGAGGAGAUUGGAUGUGGCAAUGUUCAAUGCCAUUCUCCGUGAAUCAAAUGACGAAAUGCCAACGGAUCCUGUUUCGGACCCUAUUAGUAAUCCUAAGGUCCUCCCUAUCCCUGCAGGAAAACUGACUUUUGGAGCUGGUGUACAAUUAAAAAAUGCUAUUGGGAACUGGUCUAGAUGGCUGUCUGACUUGUUUGAAGCGGAAGACGAUAGUGAGUUGCCUGAUAGCAGCAUCACUGAAGAUAGGCAACCAGAGGAGUCUCGCAAGCCUUUCCGUCUACUAAACGCUUUAAGUGACCUGAUGAUGAUUCCAUUUGAAAUGUUAGCUGAUCCACUGACAAGAAAAGAAGUUUGUCCCACAUUCAGCCCAUCACUGGUCAAGAUCAUUCUCAGUCUUUAUAUGCCUGAUGAGUUCUCCCCAAACCCAGUUCCCCAAAAAGUACUCGAGGCGCUUGAUUCUGAGCCCCUACAGUCUACCCAUCACUGACGGCAGCUUCGCUCACUAGGUUUGUGGGACAUUCCGGAACCCAACCUUUAUCACGAAGCAGGUCAUCUGUCCUCAAAAAAUCAUGCACAAGUGACGAUGAGCUGGAGGAGGUGGACUCGCCUCUGGCUUCCAUCGUAGUAGGGUGUCCUACUUCAAC